CAGCGAACAGCAGCUUGCGCCAAGCCGGCACCCCCAAGCUGCCCUCCGGCGACUAGGCCUGCACGGCUGCAUCCCGGUCUGACCAGCCACGACUGCAAAGUCAGCAACUGCAAGGCAGCGUCGCAGGUCAGUUUGGAGCUGUAGACAAAGUUUUGGGAGCAGAUCGGAUCAAGGCUGAGUGACAUCUGGGUUUUUCGUGGACGCGUUGGUUGCUGGUCCAUGGUUGGCAGCAUGGGAACUCCCUUCUGACAGCCCUCAACACUGUCAGAACAGGCAGUCCGCCAUCUUCUUCGUCUCCGGUGGUGGCGCCACCGCCGGUUCUGCCUCUGCCACCCCAGGAACCACUGCCACUACCUCCCGAUCGACCUCUGCCAUCCCUGGAGGGAGUAGCUUUUCUUGUUUUUUACCCAUUUCUUGUCCACUUUGUUCUGUUGCUUAACAGCCUCUUACUGAAAUGUAGGGAAAGGCUGCGUACAAUAGACCCAAAGUGGUCGGACCCUUCCCCGGACCCUGCGCAAAGCGGGAGCUACCUGCACCGGGCUGCCCUUUUUUUUGUUCUGUUGCUACAACUUGCAAACUAAGCUUAAUCAGUUUAUUUGCCUUACAAAAUCAUGAGUUGUAUGUUUCUCAACUUCAACUUUGAAUAGGUCACCAUGGCGUGGGAGCUUACCGAGGUCCCUGGCAAUCCAACUCCCCUCCAACAUUCCACGGUUGAUGUGGUGGCAGCGAACAUUGUGCCCAAGGUAACAAAUGCUCUCAUCAGGCAAUUGAAUCAAGUCUGCCCAUUAGAGAAUCUACGGCAUGUCAAGCGGGUGCGUCGGCGUGUUGUGUGUGGCGAAAAUUCUGAGUUAUCAAUCAUCUUAUGCCUUUCCAAUGGGCCUGACAAUUGUAGUGAAGGUUUUCCUGAAGAAGUCCAAAAGAUAGUGGACAACUACCAUUUGAGUCCUUUCAUUGCAAAAGUUGCCAGUUGUUCUGCUACGUCGAAAGAGGAGUGGGAGGAACAGUGCAAACUUUGGCCAACAUCUUAUCACCCCCCUAACGACAUUGAUGGUGUAUCUGGAUUUAAAGAGGAGGAAUUACCAUCAAUAUUUCAUUGCAUGAGGACUGCUAUGCAAUUAUCACAGGUGGGCAAUGCUGCCAUUAUUGUUGAUCCAUCAAGCAUGCAAGUAAUUUCAAAGGCUACAGACCAAACACACCAGCGUGAUACUUGUCUAAAUGGGAACAAAUGUGCAAUAGUAGAAGCAGGUAAUGCUAGCUCAUUCCCUGAAGCAAUUGAGGAUAAAGCCGACACUUCGUUGCCAUCGAGUUCUCGUUUUUGCAAUGGCUUGGACAGGGAGGUCUUAUGUAUAAACCCUUUCGGAUGGAUGAAACAAAGGUGUACGGAGCAGAAGACACUGCCAUCUGAAGGUGGUUUUCUCUGGCAUCCUCUGUGGCAUGCUGCAGUUGUUGCCAUUGAAAAUGCCGCCGAGAGGGAUAGAAGGAUGUUCCCUUCUUCAACUUCUUCAACAACCGAGCCAAAAUUAAAUGGUGAUGUAGAGAAUUGUUCUGAUGAUGAACCAGCAAAGCGGCUAAAGAUAGUUACAAAUGGUGAAGAUCAAUCUGCACAUCCAGCAUGCAGCAGGGACUUGCAUGAAAGAAACAGACCAUAUCUUUGCACAGGAUUUGACAUCUACCUUGUUUGGGAACCAUGCACGAUGUGUGCUAUGGCGCUUGUACAUCAAAGGUUCAAGCGCGUCUUCUAUGCUUUCCCUAAUCCCAUUACUGGAGCACUGGGCAGUGUCUACAGAUUGCACGGGCAGAAAAGCUUGAAUCACCAUUACUCGGUGUUUAGGAUAAAAGUUCCUGAGGCAUAUUUGAAUGGUUCAACUGACUGUUCUGAAAAAUGGUGCUCAAAUUCUGUCUCAUCUUAGUACAAAAACUCCAGGAGCUUUGUUCUGCAGCAACGGUAACUGCUAAAAUGCCCAUGAGCUUGCAAGGAAAUGCUAUUUAGCCCGAAUUUAGGUGGUGUAGAAAAUUAGCUAGUACUCCUGUUCACUGCAGCUUGACGUUUGUUUGUAUGUUUGAAAUGGAAAAGACUAUUGUUUCCUCAGAGGUAUAUUUUGGUGUAUUUAACACCCUGAACCCCGCACUCUGCUUUGCCGUACUUCUUGCAGUUCCGCGGCAGAAGCAAGCUAAAUGUUUGUUGGCCAUGGUGGGCCACAGGAUUAA